AUGAAGGCCGCCUUCCGCCUCCUUGCCAGCGUCAAGCCCGGCCAGCUUCUCGAAGCGGGCCAGCCGACGGGCCUCACAGGGCUGCUCACGCACCCGUCGCCGCGCUCGACACUGCUCUACCACUACCACUCGACGCUCGACAAGCUCAAGCAGAUUCCCGAGUCGUCCGUGUACCGCCAGUCGACCGAGGCGCUCACCAAGCACCGCAUGGCCAUUAUCGAGCAGUCGAAGCCGGCGGGCUGGGAUGCGUGGCUGGACAGGAUCAAGCUGCGGCUCUCGGACGACCCAGACAAGUUCCAGAUCCUCGAGACAUCGGGUGGACAGACGGUCAUCCUGCCGGUGCCCGAGGAGGUUGAUGAGCGAUCUCCGGCUGCGGAAUGGGAUGGUGAAGCGGAGCAGUCGUUCCCCGAGGGCAUUCGCUCCUUCAAGGAACGACUACCCCACACCAAGAAGAUGAAGGGCGACGUCAACUACACACCUGAGCGGGUCUUUAGCAACGUCAAGUUUGAGCCCGAGCCUCAGUACACGGUUGAAGCCAUCUCGGAUCUCGAAAGCAGGAUUGGCGCUGGCCUGAUUGAGGAGGUUAUUCAGGUUGCCGAGAGCGAGCACAAGCUUGUUGAUACCAUGAUCCAGGCCAAGGUUUGGGAGCCUCUUGAGGAGCAAGCACCAGAGGGCCAAUGGUCAUACUUUGAGCGGGUCGCACACACCAACACGCAGAAGCCAUAG